AUGGAUAUUGCGUCCAAGCUCCGCGAUCUGGAGAUGAAGCUCCAGCAUGUCACCAGGAUUGUCUCCACGCUCCAGCUGUCCACUCCGCACGCAGGAAGGAGAACCCGACGCAACAAUCCCCGCCAGACCACCAAGCCAACGUCGGCUCUCGAUGAGCUGAAAGACCUUCUCACCGGACUUUAUGCUGAACUACAGAAAAUACAGAAAGAGAUUUCGCGAACAUCCGAGCAGCCUAGCCAAGAGCCUUUACCUGCUGAUGCCGCGUCGCCGAGCUCAGCGCUCUCUUCCCCGCCGCCAUCUGUCGGGGCGGACGAACACUCGGACCCACCCGUGGACCUUCCGGCGCCCUCGCCGCGAGUGGUCGAUGUGCCCACCCACCAGGAGACCGUCCCCAGUCCACCUCCGGACGCCGGUGGACCCCGCACAGACCUGGAGCCACCCUCGGCGGUUGGCCUGGACUCCGCGGCACCAUCGCCACUUUCCGAUCUGGGCUCCGACGUGGAGUGGGCUUUGCAGCAUGCAGAGUCGCUCCUCGAAGCGCAGGGCGAGUCGCCGACCGACCCGGCCCCGCCUGAGCCUGCACCGAUUACGACCAGGCCCAAGUUCAGCUUGACGACUGAGGAAAUGGGUGUCAAUUUGGUGCCGAACAUCGCCAAGAUGGUCAGCAAGGAAGACUUCACGGGCAAGGUCCGGAUCGCAAAUCUGCCCGAGGUUGACUGGGCCACUUUGGAGUCCAGCAUCGGGCGGCCUAAGGAUCGCGAGCAUCUGGGAAACGUGUACACCAAAGGUUCCAAUGGGUCCGGUUACGCGUUUCUGAAGCUCUCGCCGUCGACCAAAUUUGUCCUCCCGGACUUCUCUCAGAUGCCAGAGAAGCCGCCGGAGGACGAGAUCACAGCUUUUCUCGACGACAUCGCCAACGACCCCCCCAAGGGGUCCAUACCGUAUUAUGCCGGGCCGCCGCUGACGUCCAGCAUCGAAUCGUUCCUCCACCCAGGCGACGCUCUUGCGUCCAUGGAAGCCAUUGCCGGCGGGAACUCGCCCUACGUGUACAUCGGCGCCAAGUAUUCCGGCACCGGCUGGCACGAUGAUGACGCUCUUCUCUGGUCAUGCAACUAUGUCAGCUUCGGCUGGAAGCUGUGGCUCGUCGUCGCAGAACACCACAGGGCGAAGUUCGAAGCCUUCGUCCGCCGACACUGGAAGGCGAACCGAUGCGCGCAAUUCGUACGCCAUCUGUCACUCUUCAUCGGUCCGUCAAGGCUUCGCAAGGAAGGUAUUGACUUCGUCGUACACUGCGCCGGGCCCGGCGACAUGGUCAUCAUCCGCCCCGGGCAAUAUCAUGCCGUCGUCAACUUCUCUUCGUGCUUUGCCACGGCGAUCAAUUUCUCGCUGCCCGGAGACCGCGUCAUGCCGCCAGACCUCGCCGUUUGUAAGCAAUGUGGGCUAUACCCUCUGCAACGCCCGGACUUCCGCGUUGUCUCGCCGCCUCCCUUGGACCCCGUGCCAGGCGUGGAGACAGAGCAUGUCAGCAUCGCAGAGAGGAUAAAACUCGCGAGACGACCGGCGGCGCGGCCACAGGAUUUGCAGCCAGCUAAGAAACCGAAAACUUCCCGGCCUCAUCCAGAGCUGGACGAGAUCAUCAGGCAGGUCCUGAAGAUCGACAAACUCUGCCACAUUCCUCGUAUCGACCACAGAAACCCACCGAGCCCCGAAGUCUUGAAACUCGCCAUGGCCAUCGGCAGCCGCCCGGCGAUUCAGCAAUUCUGCGACCUUGUCCGCAGUAGACGGGAUCCCAAGAACGACCGCACCAGACUAUAUUUCGAAGGCGAUCUGCAAGUCCGCAUCACACAACGUCUCACUGCACUCGGCAGGUCCCAGCGGAGAUCGAAUCUCGAGAGGCUCAUGGUCCGUCUCGACCAGUACUAUCUUGCCUGCGACAUCGAGCAGUCCAAGCAAGGGCGCCUCAGGGCGGAUAGUUCGUUUCUCGACGCUAUUGCCAAAAAGUCGCAUUGCCCCAGGGAUGUCCUGUCGAAACACGUAAACCAAGGCAACAAGUGGAUGCGACUUUGCCGUGAACGCAAGGAGCUUCUGUGUUUUAUUUUCCUGGACAGCAGGAAUCCGUUCGGCGUAUUCUUGGACGCGUGGAUGUCACUACAAGAAAAUGACGUGGAUGUUCUGCAUCGACUUCUGAGCAAUGACUACAUCGCAUCAUUAUGCACAGCGGCGGCAGCGUUGAUGCAGUCAAUAGACGGCGUCUCUCAUGACGUCGAGUUUGUCUGGGAAAUGCGCAGCAAGCCUUUGUGCAGCAUACCGGAAGAGGACAUGCUGUUACUCCUUCGUCCCAUUCCACAAGUUGCAGAGAACGUCUUUGAACCGGGCAGAUAUCCCACGUGGCCGCGUCCUGCAGGAUGGCCUGAGCAUGCACCGUGGCCUGCUGAUCCCACUUCUAUUCUCGAUCUCGACAGCAAGUUAUGUGAGUUUUGCGAGGAAGCCGAAUGCAAGUGUCUGGAGGAGCUAUCCUCCCGCAACGGCUCACGACCUAUGCCGCGCAUAAAAGACUAUGGGGCACUGGGGCGAGGUCUGCAGGCUACGGCAAACCAGUAUGGGCAAGUGGCGUAUCGGUCAGGCGAUGUCAUUGGAAUUCUUGCUGGAGAGAUUGCUCCUGUGGACACUUUUGAUGACAGCCAUACGCUGGAGUUUGUGAGGCCGGAUCUUCCUGAUGAGCCGGUCGUCUGUCAAAUCCGCUGCGUCGAGGUCAGCAACAUUUUUAGGCUGCUUAACCAUUCCUGCCGGCCUUCUGCAAAAUUUGAGCAGUUACGAGCAAGCGGCCGCUAUGUAACAGCAGUUAGGGCCGCCCGAGAUAUUACCGAUGGCGAGCAGAUCACGGUCUCUUACGGAAGUAAAUGGACGGCAAGCCCGUGUCUUUGCGAUGCUUGUCAGGGAGCAGGGGACACAGUUUAA